AUGUCCUACGCAUGCGGCGACUGCCGCUGCGAUCGUUCUUUCGGCUCGUACGGAGCACUUCUGCAACACUGCCGUGAUAAGGAGCACGACGACAGUCCGUACUGCGGGGAUUGCGACCGUUUCUUCACAAACUGGUCUGCUCGUGACCAGCACUUUAGGGAUGCCGCUGUACACCGAGAGACCAACUUCCGGAGCGGUGGCGGGCCGUGGCAUUAUUCUUAUGACGAUGAAGAUGAAGAAGAGGAGUACGAUGAUGAUGAGGACGACGACGACGACGACGACGACGACGACGACGACGACCGGGAGCCUUACUGCGAUGGCUGUCGGCGAUGGUUCACGGAUUUGAACGCGCUUGACCAGCAUCUCGCCACCAGUAGCCGCCAUAACUGGUGCUUCGAGUGUUCAAGAGAUUUUAGCAGCCCUCACGCGCUUCAGCAGCACGAGUCAUCUCGAGUGCAUGCUGACCGCGACUUUGACUGUCCGCUCUGCGGACAAGGAUUCAAGCAGCCUUCUGCCAUCGCACACCACGUCGAAUCGGGCUUUUGCCCGCGGGCUUCCGGUGUCCAUCGCCACCAAGUCACCAAUGCCGUGCACAAUCUAGGCAUCGUGCCCACUAUCUCUAUCUCUCGGCGUAUUGCUGGAGGCACAUCGACGCCUUUGAUCACGUACACCGCGACAGACCGCGCUUGGAACCACGAAGUCAACGCUUACGAGUGUUACCUGUGCCAUCGCACCUUUGGGACGCUGAAUGCUCUCAACACGCACCUGAAUUCUCCCGCACACGACCGCGAUGAGUUCCGCUGUCCGAAGAAGAAGUGCGGGAGACAGUUCAAGGUCAUCUCGGCGCUCAUUCAGCAUAUCGAAAGCGAGGCCUGUGGUCUGGCGCGUUUCCAGCAGAUUGAGGACCACACCCGUGCUUUGACGGACCAGUUUUCGCGCCUGCUCAAGUUCUGA